UCUGCCUGACGUGCCUUUUAAAUUUCGAAAGUUUUUACAAGUCGCUAAACAUCCUAGAGAGCCCUAGAGGGGAAGAAUAUGAGUCAUAGUUGCUUUUGUUGACCGCCCCUUUUAGCAGACUGCACGACGACUUAAAAUUCACUAUGCAAUUUACGCAAUCCGAUUGAGUAACUAGUGCCAACAUCGCGUGGGCAGUGACGGCAAAAGGUUUUUCCCUGCUGGUGUUGUAUACAUUGACAGAAUGCAGGGGAACUCCACAUUGUUGGUGCACAUUUUAUAAAUGUCUUGGUUCUUUGGUGGUUGUGACGAUUCGUGCUCCGGGCCCAGACUUGUCAUGUGGUGCUAUUGGUAUGGUUGCUUAUUUCUUGGCUAUCACUUUUCCACCCAAGAUCCCUCUGAACGUGUUCCAGAUACUUAGAUUUCCAACAUGUCUGGAAAGAAAGUGGAUCCAUCACAGCCAUUGAACAAUGGGAAAUUCACCAACUAUGUGCCAAGCAACAAACCAAUUACCAUUCCACCAGCAGCAGACUUUCGUCUCAUGCAUUUGAUGCCUCUGAUAAACGACCUGCUCUCCAAUGCUGAUGCCACAACAGACGAAUUACUGAAACCCAACUGCAUCAAGAAACCUUAUCUGAAUGUAGACACGUAUCUGGAAACUCACCUUCGAUUACUCUGGGCCGAUUUUAUUCAGCCACUUCGUGAAACGAUCGGAAAAUUCUGCAAAGGCAACCAACAAGUUCCACCAGACAAGCCAAAUCAGCAAAUUCAUUUCUACCGCAAUGUCAGUUUUGUCGAAAAUUCUUUUCUAUCCAGCCACAGCGUACCCGAUAGACCUGACACUUGGCGUCGUUACAAUGUCCGGUUUGAUUCCAUGCCCGGCUUUGACUGGGAGAAGAGCAAACGAUUGAUACACGGGACCCUGAUCUGCCUUUGGAAUGCACCCAGUCGAAUUAUCAUCCUUGCCACUGUAUCCAACAGCGAUCCCGAAGAACUGGAAAAAGGUUCGCUGAUUAUUAGCAUCCACAAUCCAUCCCAAAUAGGUGAUGACUUUAUCAGAAAGAGUUACACAAUGUUGGAAUGCGAAGUCUUUUACGAACCUUAUCGUGUGGUGAUGGAAGCUUAUCAGCAUCUGGAUGAAGCCUCGUUCCCGUUCAAAGAGCACAUACUGGGCUGGACGAAAGAUCCUGGAGUACCUGGCUAUUUAAUCAAUCCCAGUAGCACGAAAAGGGCAGCACGUUGCGACUAUCAAAUCACCAAGAAAGACGGAACUUGUGUCAUAAUCAGAAACGUUUUGAACAUUGGCACCUGGCCGUCUCCCGUUGAGUUGGGCGUCAAUCCGAUCCAGCGAGUGGCUCUUCACGCUGCCCUGACCCGUCGAUUGGCGCUGAUUCAGGGCCCACCGGGGACGGGCAAGACAUUCAUCGGUCGCAAAAUCAUCGCCACUUUGUUGGACAACAAACAUAUGUGGCAUGAUGAUGGCAACUACGUGGUAGAUAAUGCCCGUCUGGUGGCGAAAUUCGAGCGCACGAAAAUGGACAAAUUUUGGGAGCGCUACGGCGAAGUGUGGAGAGACAAACGUUGUCCUAUUGUUGUCAUUUGCUUAACCAAUCAGGCCCUCGAUCAAUUUCUGGAAGGCGUCCUUAAAUCCACCAAAAAAUUAAUUAGAAUCGGCAAUCAAUCGCAAUCUCCACUGCUGGAAGGUUAUAAAAUGUCGGUUCUCAAGGAGACCAUAACUCAAGACUAUAAAAAAUAUACCGAUUCUGCUUACUUGUAUCACAAGUAUCGCAUGAACGGCCUUAGGAAAUGCAUUCAGGAUACUGUCGACGAAAUUCGAAGCGUGGCGAAGAAACUGAGUAAUUUGAAGAAACUCAAUACUGCACAGCAACAAAAUCUCGCGUCCGAGUCUCCGAACUGGCAAAAACUCCAGCAGUUAGAGCAAACAUACCGAGGUCAGAUUCUCGAAUUCAAUGCAAUCAGAACCGAGUCGGAAGAGGCUUUGUGUCGCUCGGUAGACGUCAUCGGUUUAACCACCACCGGCGCCGCUCGUAGACGUGAUCUUCUCGCUCGUUUACAGCCCAAAAUUGUUUUAGUAGAAGAAGCAGCUCAGGUUUUAGAGCCACAUAUUAUUGCCUCGUUAACAGCCAGUUGUCAGCAUCUCAUCAUGAUUGGCGACCAUCUGCAACUGAGACCCCAGUGUAACGUUCACAAAUUAGCAAUCAAAUUCCACAUGGACGUGUCGCUAUUUGAGCGGUUAGUCAUGAACCACGUCCCGUCCGUCAUGUUGGCUGUGCAGCACAGGAUGCGGCCUGAAGUGGCUCGCUUAAUCGUUCCUUCCGUUUACAAAAAUCUGGAGAACCACGAAAGCGUGCUAAAACAUCCGGCUGUACCUUCUAUGACUCGUAACGUCUUUUUCCUUGAUCACGACCGUCCGGAGGCUCGCGAGGAAGGUGGCAGUAGUUACUACAAUAGCCACGAAGCGGCCAUGACUCUUCGUUUGGCCCAUUUUCUAUGCGAACAAGGUAUUCAGCAAGAAAAGAUCACCGUGUUGGUGACGUACGCUGCUCAAUUGAGAAGUUUACAGGCCCAUAGAAAAGCGCAAUACAAACUGCGCUCGAUCGAUCGGAUCCACAUCACGACGGUGGAUAAUUACCAGGGCGAAGAGAAUGAUAUUAUUAUUUUAUCGCUGGUUCGCAACAACGCAAACAAAUCGGUCGGAUUCUUGCGGACGCCUAACCGAGUGUGUGUCGCCCUCUCUCGUGCUCGUCACGGACUCUACAUCCUCGGCAAUAUCCGAUUGCUGGCCGGCUCUGGCAGUAAACUCUGGCUCCACGUACAAAAAGUCAUGAUCAAUAACGGUGAACUCUCCAAUGAACUAACUCUUCGCUGCGACCGUCAUAGUCAACAAACGGUCAAAGUGAAAUGUCCGGAACAUUUUCCCAUAUGUGGUAUUGUCUGCAAAUUGAAAUGCGGUGCUUUACUUGAUUGCGGCCAUCCUUGUCAACUGCCAUGUCGCAAUCAGUGCCAACAUUCCGUGGCUUUGUGCCAGUACAUGGAGGAAACGUUAUUGCCAUGCGGCCAUUCGACCAAGAUCCCUUGUACCAUCAACAACAACAACAGGUUGCCCAACGAUGAAGCAGCAGGAAUGACAUCCCACGAAUGUGUGGCCAAUGGAUGUCGGUCGAUUACUAAAAUCAACCUUCAAGUGGAAGUUACAAAAUUGCUAGUCAAAUACUCGUCGGAUGAAGGUCUGUUGAAGGCGGCCGAUUCGCUACUGAAAGGCAAAAGCAUCGAAGAGCAAUGGAAAAUCUACCAGCGCAUGUAUUACCUCUGUUUAUCAGCUGCCUUUAGAAGAGACCUGGAAAAUAGUUAUUGCUAUAAAACCGAAGAUCACAAGUCGGGCAAUGUUAAGCUGCACAAAGCCUGGGCGGAUGAUUUGAGGGCCAGUUAUCAAGCUGUUCAAGACAAGAGUAUGGAAAUGCAAUCAUUAGCGGCUGCCCAGGGAGGUUGGAGCAUUCAAUACCUGACGGAUGCCUUGUUCCAGUGGCGACGUCUCGAUCUACUCCGUCAAUGUUUGACCAUGUUGAGCGUUGAGCCGCAGUCUUCCAUAGGCAAUGGAUGCCAAAUAUUGCUGGAAGAGGCAAAAAUCCUUCUGCAAAAGGAAGAAUUAGACAAGACAAAGUGGACAACUAGCCAAGAGAAUGAGGCUUAUGCCCUUUUGAAACCAGUGGCAGCCAUGAUGAGGUUUGAUCUGACCCCUCCGAGUUCUGGGAUCUUGAUUGGACCACACUUCAUCCAGACGCGGGAUCAAAAGCAAUUGCCUGCCGAUCUCGAUUGCAUCGCGUCAUUACAACGUUUGAGUUUGUGAUAUUUUCUCUACUUUUAUAAUAAGUUAUCCAUUGCUGAAUGAAAUGCUAUCGCUACUUGCCGUGAAUAUUGAACGACACAGCUUUCAUUCAAGAAAAAUCGUCCAACGAUUCGUAGUGUAAAUGGGAGUUCUUAAACCUAAGAAGAUAAGGAACUCGCUAAAGAGCGGCAAAAGUAUGAAAGACGUUGCUGUGUACAUUUAAAAAGAUUCAGAAUUACAUACGAGUCGUAGAAAAUUCUUUUUUUUUUUUGAAAUAUCAGCAACAGAUGGUUUCUUCUGAAUUAUUUGUUCUGUUUUGGGAGCGGAAGUUGUUCAACCGCAAGUCAACUUGUUUUUCUUCUCUUUGUAAGGCCGAACUUAUCGAGGGCGGCCUACGUUCAAUUUAUGGGUUUUAAGAUUAGUGUUCUGGUACAUCCCGUUCUAAGCAACAAUUUAAUGUCAAGUGUAAUUGAAUUUCCCUGGUCUGUUAACGUUAUUUUAAAAAUUCAAUUGCCAUAGCCCGGAACGAAUGUCUAAACAAACAAAUGCGAUUGAAAAGAUUUAAACGUAAAAAUACAAAUAUCUGCAACAAG